AUGUCCGUGUUGAACUUCCUUAAUCGUCCAUUAAAAGUAUUGAUUGACUCAAGACUAUUUAUUUGUCGGUAUCAAUCACAAAGACUAUUAGAUUUAUUAAAUAAAAAGGCUGCCAUUGAAAAUGAAUAUAAUGAUGAAUUAGAAACAUUGCCAUUAGGAAAUACAAUUGAAUGGAAUAAAAAACUAAAAUCCUAUCGUAUGCGAAAUCAAGAAAAGAACGCAUUAAAACUGUUCGAAGUCGGCAUACGAAAGCAUCAAUUUCAACCAGAUUAUAUAACAUAUAUAAGUAUGCUUGAAAUAUGUAAAGAUAUCAAAGAUGUUGAUAGUGGACAAUAUAUACAUCGAAUUAUUAAUAAAUCAUCCGUUCGCGACAACAGUCGUUUGCAACUUGUUUUAAUGGAAAUGUAUAUGAAAUGUGGAGAUGUAGAUGGUGCUCGAGAAAUGUUUGAUUCAUUAAAGCAUCGAACAGUUGUGGAAUAUAAUGCAGUAAUGACAGCUUACAAUACUCAUCAAAAUCCUCAAGGUGCGAUAGAUCUCUUCUAUGAAAUGCAACAAACAGACAAAACGAAACCUAAUAAUGUAUCGUUUAUGUUAUUUUUUCAAGCAUGUAUUAAACUGCAAUUAUUUGAAAAAGGCAAAGCAUUACAUGAAGAACUUAAACAGAAAACAUCAAAUUACAUCAAAAAUAAGGAAUUAUCGAAUCAAAUCGUAGCCAUGUAUAUUGCAUCUGGUGACUAUAGCAUAGCUGAAGAAUAUUUUAAUCAAAUUAAAGAGCCAAGUGUAGCAAACUAUGUUGGACUUAUGAAGUAUUAUAAUCAGCUAAAAAAUUGGGAGCAGACAAUACAAUUAUAUGAUAAAAUGAAAUUACAACGUAGAAGUCAACCAGACGUGUCAAUAUAUUUAACUGUUCUAACAGCUAUAAAAGAAAUGAAGAAUAUUGAAGCAGCCAAACAAGUUGAACAAGAUUUAAUAAAACAAAAUCUCUGGCAAAAUCAUGCUGAAAUACAAAAUAUAUUAGGAGAAAUCCUACGAAAUAUUUAA